AUGGCUGACGCGAAUAAUUCAUCGACGACAGAGAAGAAACGAGGAGACACCACCGGCAACCAGGUAGUCUCGGACAAAGCUGUCGUCUGGAAAUCCAUGACACUGCGUCAAAAAUGGUCCUACUUCACCGGGAACAUCACCGUAGAGCCCAUGAUCGCCUGCUACGUGAUUCCUUGUAUGUUAGCCUCUCUAGCCACGCAAAAUCUAAGUUUAGAGAAGGCUUGCAGGGUAAACCUGGCCUAUUCUGACGAGGUCUGCACAGCCUUGGCCAAAAGGAACACGACCAGCUACGAAAUGGAGGAAACUGCCGUGCAACAAUUGGUCGCUGGCAUGCAGACGUGGAAAACAGCCCUGUCCAGCGGCCUACCGACUAUCUUGAUCCUCUUCAUGGGUGCCUGGAGCGAUCGCACAGGACUCAGGAAGCCGUGCAUGCUGCUACCCAUCAUUGGCGAAUUUCUAAGCAGCGUCAGCAUGCUGCUGUGCACGUACUUCUUCCACGAGGUACCCAUGGAAGCCACAGGCGUGUUCGAGGCACUAUGGCCAGCACUGACUGGUGGCUGGUUCACCAUGUUCAUGGGUGUUUUCAGUUACAUCGCGGACAUCACGUCGGUGGAGUCGAGGACGCUUCGAAUCGGUGCCGCGAACGUAUUCUUGUCCCUAGGUGUGCCGAUCGGGAUGGCGUUGUCCGGGAUAUUGUACCUGCAGCUAGGCUUCUACGGUGUAUUUAGCAUUUCGACCGUGUGCUACGUGUUGAGCUUCGUUUACGGGUUAGUGGUGAUCAAGGAACCCCCUAGACCUCACUUAAAACAGAAACCGGAGAAAACGGAAGAGAAGAAGAUGUCCUUGUGCGAAUCGAUUUUGGACUUCUUCGCGUUUAAGCAUAUCGAGGAGACCUUCCGCGUCGCGUUCAAGCAGGGAAGGAACAACAGGCAGAAGAGGGUGCUGGUGCUCAUGGUUAUCGUUAUGGUCGUGAUCGGGCCGCUUUACGGUGAAAUGGCAGUGAUGUACCUCUACAUGAGAUACAGGUACCAUUGGAACGAGGUGAUGUUCAGCAUGUUUACCACGUUCGCCAUGGUGACGAAUUUAAUUGGAACUGCGGUGUCUGUCGGUGUGUUCAGUCACAUCUUGAAGAUCGACGACGCGAUCGUGGGGAUCAUGAGUUCUAUGAGCAAGAUAUUAGCUGGUUUCGUCUACGCCUUCGCCAUCACUGAUUGGAUGAUUUAUUUAGCGGCCAUCGUCGAGAUCGUCAAUGGCACAUCUUUCAUAGCAAUGCGUUCGAUAGCAUCUAAACUCGUGUCUACAGGCGAGCUUGGCAAGGUGAACUCGUUGCUUGGUGUUUGCGAAUCUCUGAUGCCGCUCAUCUACGGACCCAUGUACAGCUCCAUUUAUGCUGCGACCAUGAAAACGUUUCCGGGGACGUUCUUCAUCGUCGGCGCCUGCAUGACUAUGCCAGCGGUCGUCGCAUUUUUCUGGCUGUACACGGAACACAGGCAGGACCGCCAGUUAUUGGAGCAAGAGAAGAAAGCGAAGAAUAAGGAAGGAGCAGAAGAAAACGACUCGAAGAAUACAAAAUGGCAAAUGGUUGGCGAGAAGAAACCGGAAAUUCCUACUAUGAAUGGCGUCGCGAACGCGGCUUUCGAAUUCGACCAUUUAUAACAGAAAACUUACUAUAAAAAUACGUAAAAGGAAAUUCAGAAAGAAGAACUUCAAAUACAGCGAAGAAAGAGAACAGUUACGCUGAAACAACCAUUACCGUAAAAGUAAUUACUCUAAAAGCAAUCGAAAAGAAAAUGGUUCUCGAUGAUUUUU